UCUUACAGUUUCCUUGAUAGCCUGCUCCGCCUCCAUGCUGGGGAAGAGUGAGUGAGUGUGUAUGUGUGUGUGUGUGUGUGUUUCAUAUGUACGGAGGGGGAAGAACUCAGCUCCAGCUUUUGUCUCGGGCUGCUGCACUGCACGCAACGAGUCAGCAUGACAAGCUCUCACACAAUGCAGUAUAUAGGACUUCUGCUGCUGGCUGCCAUCCUGCUGCAGACCAUCGCCGUGGCUGUCACCUUCAUAUACUUCAGCAACGUCCUGACGACGAUGAAGGAGACCUUCUCUAAGAGCAGCGUGUCCUGUUUGAUGCGCGCCAACCUCAGGUCCAUCAAGGGUCUGGACGCGGGCGCUGCGGAGGGAAAAGACGACCCCUGCUGGCAGGUCACGCAGCAGCUCCACUUUCUCAUAGAAAAGUCGAUGUCUAAUCGCUACCAGAAAGAGAUCUCCUCAGCUGUAAAAGAUGAAGUCUCCAGAGUCCUCCCCUCCUUGGUGAUCCAAGACCAGGACGCCCCCCCUCGGCCCAAGGUUGCUGCUCAUGUUACAGGCAGCUACAUUCCAGAUACAGACAAGGAUGGUGGAGGUCCCUCCAACAGGAAAGUCCAAGGCCAGAAGAUCCAGUCGUGGGAGUCCGAGAAGGGCCUGGCCUUUCUUCAGAAUGUGGAGCUGAGUGACGGCGAGCUGGUGGUGCCUCAGGCCGGCCUUUACUACAUUUACUCUCAGACUUACUUCAGACACACACUCAUGGAGGAGGACGAGGAGGAGCGAGAAGAGGACGAGGGCACUUCCGCAGAGACAGCGAGAGGGAAGCCCAUGCUGCAGUAUGUAUAUAAGAAAGUAACCUCAUACCCGGUACCUAUUCUUUUGAUGAAAAACGCUCGGACCACCUGCUGGUCCAGGGAUGCAGAGUACGGACUGUACUCCAUUUAUCAGGCGGGCUUGUUCCAGCUCGCAGGUGGUGACAGGCUAUUUGUCACUGUCAGUAACGUGAGCACUAUUGACAUGGAUGAGAAGUCGAGCUUCUUCGGCGCUUUUCUUGUCAGCUAGGCCCAGCGGAGGCAAAAGAAGGUUUUAUUUAAUGUUCAGACUGCAACGGUUCCUCUCUGGCAGGCGAGCGACAGGACUCAGCUUGCUCGGUAUGUUUUCCGAGCUCCCUUUGAAAAGCUGCCAAGGAUCUGAAAACCAGCUGUAUAUGUGUGUUGCGAUACACUGUCUCUAGCCGGUGCUCUUUACCCGGACUGAUUGGAUCGUCAAAAGGUGGGUGCAUUCGGCUUAAUGGAUCUGGGGAACAGCCAGAGAGGAUCAGAGUGGAUCGAAGGCCCAGAGAAAAUCAAAGGUGUAGCUCAUAACAUCGGCUCAGGAAGCAGGAACUCUAUAGAGCUUGCCAGGACACUUGAAAGCGAGUUGACUGGUCACAGCAGAACCCAAAUGUAUGACCUUGUGAGGAGGAAUAAAAGAGCACUGUGCAAGUUAAUUGGAGAUUGUGGAGAUUCCUGUGAUGAAGCGAAGGCAAAACCCUCACAUUGUAACAUGGAAGACUGACUUGCCAUUCCGGAAUCAAACCAAGUACCACCACAAGGUUUCUGUUUUGCUCUGUCGUUCUUGAAAGUGUUAUUUUUUUAUAGCAUUUAAAAUGUUCUCUUUUUUAUAAAACAGUGAAUGUAUUAAAAAACAUGUCACUCGCUAGCAGAGGAAUGUCUCAACUGUAGGCACUGGGUUCUGACGGUUGUCUUCUCUGUCUAUUUUAUGAAUGUUUUCACUGAGAAUUGAAUGUCACCUACAUCUUUACUACUUCACUGUGUUUUCCAUGUUUCUUUUAACUGAUAAAUCAUGCCAUGAACAUGGAAGUAUCUCUUUUGAGAUAAAAGGGAUUUUUUUCUGUUUUGAGAGAUCACUGUGACUUUGUACAUUUACAACUGGUGAAACUGCCUAGCACCUGAUAUCACAGCUGUGUACAUUUACCAGUAUUUCACUGAAACUACAGGAGUGCGUACAUUUUCCAAUGCAACACUAAAAAAGCACACUGAAUAAAGUCCAUAUUGACA